AUGGCGUUCAUUUCAUCAUCAUCUUCCUUCCCCAUUUCACCUGCCACCUUCCAUGCCCAACCUUACUCUGAUCCUCCAUACAAGCUUCUGCAAAAGCAUUCAUCUCUGACCCUCCUCUCUCGAUGCAACAACAUCCACACUCUCAAACAAGUUCACGCCCACAUCAUCAAGACUGGUCUCCACAAUACCCAUUUCGCCCUGAGCAAGCUCAUUGAGUUUUGCGCAGUUUCUCCCUCUGGAGAUCUCUCUUAUGCUAUCUCUAUACUCGAAACUAUUCAAGACCCCAACCAGUUCAUGUGGAACACCAUCAUUCGUGGCCUUUCAUUGAGCUCUGACCCUGCUCUGGCAAUCGUUUUCUACAAUCGAAUGAUUCUUUCUGGAAUUGAGCCGAAUUCUUAUACUUUCCCGAUUCUUUUGAAGACUUGUGCGAAAAUGGCGGUUACCCAUGUAGGGAAACAACUCCACGGACAAAUUUUGAAGCUUGGGCUUGGUUCUGAUGUUUUUGUGAACUCUUCUCUUAUCAAUAUGUAUGCUCAAUGUAGUGAGUUAGAUAAUGCACGUUUAGUGUUUGAUAAAAGUGUCGUUCGAAAUGAGGUUUCAUUUACGGCCUUAAUAACUGGUUAUGCUUCAAGAGGUCGCAUGGCGGAGGCUCGAUGCCUUUUUGACAAAAUACCCAUUAGAGAUGCGGUGUCUUGGAAUGCUAUGAUUUCGGGUUAUGGUCAUAGUGGCCGGUUUGGAGAAGCCUUGUUAUUUUUUAAGGAGAUGCUGAAAGCAAAUGUGAAGCCAAAUGAGAGUACUAUUGUCACUGUGCUUUCUUCUUGUGCUCAGUCAGGGUCUCUUGAAUUAGGGAAUUGGGUUCGGUCUUGGGUUGAGGACCAUGACCUUGGUUCAAAUCUUCGGGUUGUUAAUGCACUAAUUGAUAUGUACUCAAAGUGUGGGAAUCUAGAUAAGGCUAGAGAUUUAUUCAAUGGUCUAAAUCAAAAGAAUGUUGUAUCAUGGAAUGCCAUGAUAGGUGGAUAUACUCAGAUGAGCAACUAUAAAGAAGCACUGUCUCUCUUUCGUGUCAUGCUUAGAUCAGAUAUAGAGCCUAACGAUGUCACAUUAUUAUGCGUUCUUCCUGCAUGUGCACACUUGGGUGCACUUGACCUUGGUAAAUGGAUUCAUUCUUAUAUAGACAAAAACUUCUUGACUUAUACAAAUAAAUCCCUUUGUACAAGCCUCAUUGACAUGUAUGCCAAAUGUGGAAAUAUUAAGGCAGCACAACAAGUCUUUGAUGGUAUGGAAGUUAGAAGCCUGGCUUCUUGGAAUGCAAUGAUAUCUGGGUUAGCAAUACACGGUCAUGCAAGUAUGGCGUUUGAGCUUUUUUCGAAAAUGGUGGACUUGGGAUUCAUGCCGGAUGAUAUAACAUUUGUUGGUGUUUUAUCUGCUUGCAACCAUGCUGGUCUUGUAGACCUUGGACGUCACUAUUUCAGUUCAAUGAUUCAAGAUUACAACAUUUCACCUAAACUGCAACACUAUGGAAUUAUGAUAGAUCUUCUUGGCCAAGCCAAGUUGUUUGAUGAAGCUGAGUCUCUGAUAAAAAAUAUGGAGAUGAAGCCGGAUGGUGCUAUUUGGGGUUCUCUACUUGGAGCUUGCAAAGUCCAUAAUCGCGUAGAAUUGGGCGAAUAUGUUGCCCAACACCUCUUUGAAUUAGAACCUGAAAAUCCUGGCGCUUAUGUGCUGUUAUCGAACAUAUAUGCAGCAGCUGGUAGGUGGGAUGAUGUAGCAAAGAUAAGGACUAGACUACAUGAUAAAGGGUUGAAGAAAGUUCCAGGUUGUACCUCAAUUGAGGUGGACAAUGUUGUUCAUGAGUUCCUUGUAGGGGACAAAGUACAUCCUUUAAGCAAAGAUAUUUAUAAAAUGUUGAAUGAAGUAGAUAGGCUUUUGGACAUGUCUGGCUUUAAGCCAGAUACAUCUGAGGUUCUCUCUGAUAUGGAUGAUGAUUUGAAAGAAGGAGCUUUGAGCCAUCACAGUGAAAAGUUGGCCAUCGCUUUUGGUUUAAUUAGUACAAAACCAGGGACAACUAUUAGAAUUGUUAAGAAUCUUCGUGUAUGUGGAAAUUGUCAUUCUGCUACAAAGCUAAUAUCCAAGAUCUUCAAGAGGGAAAUUAUAGCCAGAGAUCGAAAUCGUUUCCACCACUUUAAAGAUGGUUCUUGCUCAUGUAACGACUAUUGGUGAAACCGAAAACUUUGAAAAGGGUAAUAUUUGGAUAUGUAAGCACACACACACUAAUACGAAUGUAUAUAAUGUUCUAAAGCUGUUUCUUCAUAGAAAUAUAAAUUGAAAACAUAAAUAUAUAAAUGUAUGCAUCUUCAUUGCUGGUACA